GGAUUUGAAGGCGCCCAGGCUUACAGGGCAAACCCUCAAAACAUGAACAACAUCUGUCCGAGGACUGUCCAGUGUUAUUGUGAAAGCAAAGCGAAGCGAAGCAUAACAAGCUCAAGCGCAGGCUCGCGCAGUGGUCAAUGACGCUAAGGCUGGGAUAUGCUUACAAUCAUAUGCUACCUGGCUACAAGGAUUCCCCGCCGCGGAGCCCGUUCUGGCUGUGCCAGGAACAGGAAGUAUCCACGCGCGUUAGUACUGGAGAUCACCGAAGGCGACCCGUCUCGCAUUUCUUCUCAUUCCGGUCACAUAGAUAGCUCGCCG